GAAUCUUGAUGUCUCGUGUCUUGGCUGCACACUAAUCACCGUGAGGUCGUAAAGCUCUUUUAAAAGAAAACAUUAGUAUUGAUUUUUUAAUGAUACACCGGGAGGAUGUUUGAUGUGUGGUGAUGAUUUCCACUAAGUGAGCCACAUACCGCCUUUACUUGUGGCGUUGAGGAGGAGCUCAGUUGUUUAUUCAUUCACGUCAGCCCCUCUCUCCUGCCUUCCCUUCCCUCCUUCCUGCUCCACACAACGGGGACCCUCCGUUGUAACUGUUUUUCCCACAUUAAAAUUAACCACAAUCACGUCGCCACCAUAAACCGAUUUUGGAAUCAGGUGAGUUGCUGUUUUCUGUCUCUAUCCCGUUGACGAUGAACAGGAAAUGUUUGUGCAGCGUUGACUUGUCCGGCCCGGCGAGGCGGAGGAGUGUUUCAACCGUAACUUAUUAAAUUCCUCCUGACCAGGCGAGAAAAUCUAUGCGCCGUAUGUAUGGCGAUUUUACAGCUCGUGCGUUGUGCGCGAGCGUCUUUCGGCGCGGUAUUCUCGCUAUUCUUCAAACAAAUGGUCGAUGUAGGUCAGUAACUACAGUCAAAAUGUCGUCUUUUCUUUUUUUACUUCCACAUUCUCUCAUGCCACAAACAGAUGGCGUCGAGAGAGAGAGAGGGAGAGAGGGGGGGAUGGAGAGAAUGUGGGAAAGAGGCUCAUAAAGGAGUAGGGGCUACACCAGGCCACAUUAGCCCGGGUCUAGCUGCCCCAUCACUAAUCUGCACCCAGCGCGUACGCGGAACCCACCUCGUCAUGCCAGGACGCGGGAGGCCAACAUGUCUCGCGUAGGCCUGUCUUAAAGAAAGUUUUCGCUGUUAAGUUUUUUUGGGUCUUUUCUUUUAAAGAUACAGCGCAAGUUUUGGGGGGAAAACAGCGUUUCUCGUUGUUAAGUCAAACGCUAGUUCUGGUCAGCGCUGCUGGCUUGUGUGGCGUGCUGACGAGAUCACAUUUCGGUCGCAAGCCAGUGUAGACAGAGUGGAUAUUUUGACACCGCAGAGCACCGGGAAGAUGCACUGCAGCAGAUAACCUGUAGCCCAGGCUGCUCGCUCCUGUGGGGGUGUAGGCCACCACAGGUUGGCUGACGGGCUGACAGAGAUCAUUGAUAGGCCACAGGUAGCCUCCCCUCGCUGCACUAAUGAGGGCAGGGCACAUCUCACACUGGCUGUCAAGGGAGAUGAAGGUCCUAGAUGUCUAUGUAUGUCUGGGACUGCAUCUUUAGUGCCAUUUUGUGCAUUUUUAAUGCAGAUCCAGAGAGACCCAUCAUCACCUUGUUGACCCCUUCCAUACCGGCCAUGCAGUGUCUCAUCAUGUAUGGUGCACUGCAUGCAGUGAGGCAGCAGCAUACUGUGCAUACCAGCUGGCAGCUUGAGACCUAUAGAUAUGCUGUGAUGCACUUUGCAGUCAGUGCAUUUCAGUUGCUGGCAGCAAUUAAAAAGACAUCUUCCCCUUGUGGUCCAUGGGUCAUCUGAUUGAUGGUCAUUUAGAUGGAAAUGUUCAAACGGCUCAGCAUCGUUCGUUAAGGUAGCACUGCCGCCAUGCUGAUCGUUAUUCAUGCUGCACAUCCACUCCAAAAGUGACCCAUUUCUGCUGUUGUGCGUCCCGAAAUGACACUUUGACUUAACUGGCUUAAUCAUCUUAGUGCCACAGGGAGUGCAGGGCGUCAACCAUGUCUGUCCAGCUCACUCUUCGCUCGUGUUACUGAAGCCUUUUUGGCAGGAGAACCUCUUUAGUUGGAGCUCUUAAAUUUAGCCGCCCCAGUCUUGUUUUGGCCUCCCUUUGUUGCCAUAUGAGUGCUGGUCAAGUGAUGCUGCUCUGAUGGUUCUCACUAGAGUCCACCUUCACCUCUGUAUUGUAAAGAGGGCAUUUAUUAGCUUGUAGUACUUUUUUUCCCCCAAGUUGUUAAGCAGCUGUAGUGGGUGACCAGUCACUGGAGUACUCAGCCUUCUUGAAUGCAGCUGUGAGCCGGUUUGACUUACACUGUUUGAGGAUAACAUCUCCACUCUGGAUUUGCAUGACGGCAUCUCGCCAAAUAUUUAUUUGCCUCACUAACGUGUCUCUCAGGUGGCUGUCGUUUUUGUUUUCUUUGGUGUAGUAUUUGUUUUCUUUAACCUCGUGUUAAAAACCUGUCUAAUCUGCUCUACUUUGAUUUUUGCGCGUGUGCUCCACGGUGAAUAAAACAGACACCGUGUUGAAGUUUUUGGACCAGACUUCUUUGUUCAAUGAGCUGAACGAUUGCAUGAGGAUGCUGAAGUAGUAUUUGGCAUCAUGUCACUUAUGAUGAUUCCUUAACUUGAUUCAAUAACAGCGCAUCAAAAAAAAUCACAGGAUCAACAAAAAGCACUGGCAAUUUCUCAACAAUUCAGGCUCAUACUUUGCCUGCAGGAUUUAUGCCUUCAAGUUUAACUGAGCAGUUUUUUAUUUCUUGGCUGGCCUGACUUGUACAGUUGGUGAUGAAUGAAUUUCCUCAAGUUUGGAUCGAUAAUGUGUUAUUAUAAUCCUGCUGCGGCUGCUACUACACAAUCUGUAUGCUACUCAGGGGAUCAUAAACCGUUCAUCCAUGGAUCAUCAGCUGCAGGGUGACUGUGCUGUACAGGGUCCAACUAAGCUCAUCUGCACUUCCAACAUGUUCCUUAAAAAAACAGAAGCAAUCAUCACACCAGUCUGAAAAUUAGACACAUCUAAUUAAGAUAGAUGAAAAUUAAGCAUUCCCUUUUUCUCUCCCUUCUGUCUUUAUCAGGAUGUGAGAAUAUAGCUGUGCUAAAAGCUUUAGAAUCGCUGAUGAUGGUGUCAGCACAUUGCAGCUCGGCUGUGCUGCAGGCAGGGUUUAAAAAAAAAGAGAGGCUGAUGUUUCUCGAAGCACAAAGGCCUAAUGUGUGGGGCCUGUUGGCUACAGCCAUGCAGAACAACCUCCAGAGUGAAUGCUGGUUUGUUUGUAUAUGUUCUGUUAGAGUAAUGUAUGCCUGUGUAAACGCCAGAAUAUCCAGACCUCCUGCUACUGUGAAAAACUGAUAACCAAUAAGAACAUUUACCAUCUGUUAUCUGAGUGUUUUAAUAAUGUCUAAUGUGGCAAUAAUAACCAGUUUUAUAAUUUCACAACAGACGACAUUUCAUUGGAAGGACUGGCAUCAGUUGGCAAAUUCUUAUUUAACGGCUCGUUUUUGGCCUAACAUCUGUAGCUAAUGUAAUUUAUUUAGACAUGCUAGUGGUUUGGCUCCUAGCGUUUGUCUGGUGGUUGAAACACAGGCUCUGUGUGUGUUCGUGUCAAACUAAAAUAUGGGGGAAAAAAUAAAAUAAGGUUGAGGAGACUGCUUUGAAACAUCACGUUCUUGGUUCCCAGAGUUGAAACCCUCAAUCGUCAGUCAUCCUGUAACCUCACCUUGAGAGUUGUUCUUUUUAUCUCCUUGUAAAUUAACAAACAAACAAAAAUUUCGACAGCUUUCUACUGACUGUAAUGUGACGUAAUACUAGUAAUACUACGAACAUCUUGGUAAUGUAGGUUCCUCCCUGAUAUUUCCACAAGAGCCACCAGUAUGUCAAACUUUUUGCUUGUUCUGUGUCUAAAUACCAAAUUGUCCUCUGAAUAUGUCAGGUGAUAUUGUUUCACUGACGUUCAUGGUCCCCAGUGGACGAUUUCUUCCAAUUUUAGUCAUCCACAGGCUUUUAUUCCAGUGGUAAUCUAACGUAAGAGGUUAAACGCUGACUGAAAUGUCUUGGGAGAAGUAAAGCAUAACUGUGAAGAAUUUGCUAGACUUCCACUUAAAGUGAACUGUAAACUAGUGUAGGUUUAUUGUUUGUCCAACAUCACCCUAAGGUAAAACUUAAAUUUUGUCAAAUAUUUUUGUCACUUAGUUCUUGUCUUUUUUUUUUAAAUUAAUGCAUUUUGAUCAUCAUAGGGCAGAAUUGUGAAUAUAUUUGCAUGUUUAAGGAGGCAGCUGUAGGAGCAUGAGCCCUGUUUCAGCUCCACCUUUUCUUGGUUUCUACAGUGAUGGAAAGUUACGCUGAGUCAGCAUUAUCAUGCUGCAGUUAAAGAUGCACAGAUACACUGUUUUUAAAUGGCUUAAAGCUUAAUUGAGUUUUCAAAUGAGCUUCAAGUUUUGAUGAAUUUAGGUUGCUGCUGGCCCCUCCUUGGAAGUCCCUCUUGAAUUGUCUGGGGAACAUGUCUUACAAAUUUUGUGUUGCUGACCUUCCUAAGAGAUUGUGUCACAAUUUCUUUCACAUGUCAGGGCUUGACAUUAACUUUUUUCACCAGGAGCACAUGUGCUCCUAAGUUGAAAAAGUAAGGAGAACACAAAGAACUUUAGGGCCACAAUGAAAAUUGAUCAAAUAAUGUGUGUCUUAUUAGUCGACGUAAGUACUAUUAUUCUAAAUCAAUUUUAGGUCUUUUGGUCUCAUGUGAUGGAAGCUAUUGAAGAAAAUGUCCAAAAUUUGCCUUUUAAAUUUAACACAAAAAAAUUUAGAGGACAAAUUAGGGAAAUAAAGAGGUGUGUCUUAUCGUCCGACCUUAGUACUAUUAUUUGAAAUCAAUUUUAGGCCAAUUGGUCACAUGACAUGGAAGCUAUUGAACAUCAACCAGUAAUUUAUUGAUUGUCCCUUAUUCAACACCCGAUGUUGACAGCAAGGGUGCUGAGUAGAUUUAACCGCACUGCUGUAGCUAUUUCCGGUUAUUGAGAGUGAGAAGACACUGGUAGAUCUGCAGUGAAUGUCGGUUGGAUGUACAACCUAACACUAGCUUCACCGCGGUAUUUACAUGAAAAAACAUUUGUUGCCUUGGCUUAAUUUUUUUACGGGCAUAUGUGCCUCUAAAUACAUUUUGCACACAUCUAUUUUGUAUCGCAAAUGCUAGUGAAAGGUUGCACUGUCGAGCCCUGCAUGUGAUAAUUUAGAAUGAAUCAGUUCUUUAGCAGGGGACGUCUUCUGUCCAACAAAAAAUCUUUUUUAAAUUGGCAUUUCCGUUUACAUGGAUAUGAUAAGGUUAAAGCAUACAGAUAAACAUUGGCUACUGACAUCUGUGCAUGGCUCAUUAUUUGCCCGUAUGCUGAUGUCAAUCCACAAGGCCGAUAUUUGACAUAUUUUUGAUGUUCAACUGUUACAUUAGUGCACCCCUGAUCACACGGCUUCAUGAAGCCUCUGCAGAAAGUAGUAAGUGACUCAUGUCAUUGACUAAGGAAAGACUUGAAUACUUUAAAGUAGCAUUAGAGUCCAGAGACAGCAUGUAAAGGAUGUAGAGUCUGUUUACUGCUGAUUCAUGUGCAAAGAACAGAAAAAAGUCUGUGUCAGCACCCAUUAACGUCAAUAAAUCUGAAGUCUUCUCAAAAGAGCAGCGGGUGUUUUAAUAAAACUCCAGUUUGUGAUGCUUAUUAAGUGCCAUGCCGGUCAGUUUGGUCUGACUGCAGGCUGUCCCUGCCAGCUUUUCAGUGUGAAGUCGCUACUAGUUGUCUGGUGAGUCAGUUUGUCAGUCAGUCCUCUCGAAUCCUGCCAGUUUCUUGGUGUGGAGUAAGAGUAGCUGUCAAACUUAUUUUUCUGCAGCGUGAAAACAAAAUACAUUGUACAGUCUGUGCACUACUGUAUUCAAACAAUUUGUUGUUAAAAAAGAAAUUUUGUCAUUAAGCCACAAACCUCAUUCAGUGUUGCCUUCAGGUCUCUGCGAGCCUCUCUUCAAUUAGCUAACAACCACUUUCCAGCAUAGAGCAGAGCAGUGGCCUAGUUCAUGCCCUCUUGAAUGUAAUUUUAGCUCUGUGUGUGUGUGUGUGUGUACGUGUGUGUGCGUACGUGUGUGUGUGUGGAUGCCUCUCUGUUUUGUCUCCUCCUUUUAUCGUCUCUGUUUCCUGUUCUCUCUUUCCCUCUCUGUCCUCUCACGUUGUUCCUGUGCCUCUGACAGUCAUGACUCUCUGCAGUACCCGGGUUAGUGAUGCUGGGGUGGUUACCCUGUAGUUUUUUUUUUUUGUUAUGGGCUCUGCUAUGACCCUGUUUCCCUGGAGGAGCGUGAGACUGUACAGCUGUUUGAUGACGGUUCUUUUCAUUGAGACCUGGUGUUCCUCAUCCAUUACUGGUGAGACAAGGUUAACACUGGGGUGGUGUAGCAGUUGAAUAGAAUAGAAGGAAUAUUUAAAGAUGAAAUAUCAGUGAUUUCUUAUGUCAGUAGAUGUAAGCAGAAAAUGCCUAUCUGAGGAAUAAUUGAAAAAAAAAGUCAAAUAUAGCCCCCACAGAGCAAUAGUCCCCAAAACUCGCCCGACUCACACAGUUCUGAGACAGAGCUGCUGGGUAUGCCAUGUAGGAGUAAAAGUACUGAGAACCGCUGGAUAUAUAAUAAAGAUGCUUGAGAAUCCGAUGCAAAAUAGAUUCAAUGUAAAAUCUGACUUUUGAUCCAAAAGAUGCUGCGAGGUGCAGAAUCUCAGAUGGAUUCAAUCUCAUGACAGUGGAUCAAUUUUCAAUUUUCUGUGGAAUAGGUUCAGAAAGUUCCCCUAAAACACACCUGAGUUUAAAGUAGGAGUUGGGAACAUUUCCAGACAUUCUUCAGAUUUUUUUUUUGUGAAAGGUGGACUGUAUGAGAUACUUGUUAAUGUUAAGUGUAUUACUCAAAAGUAAUCCUAGUCUGUUCAGUCCCCUUGAUUAAGAAUGUAUCAGAAAACUGAAGCUAGACCGUCAACCGCAGCAAAUGUGCGCACAAAUGUGCGCACAAAUGCACAUACAGAUCACCAUACCAUGGUUGUUUCCUAUCCUGGACUCGAGGCACCCAGAUGAGACGGGGUUCAUCAAGACGGAAGUCUAACCAAAGGCCCAUUUUAGUUUAGUUUUUCAAGGCCACGUGAGAGGUCUCCCUCUGCUCACUAAUGGACAUUCCUCUGUAAUCACAGGUAACCAUUGUUUGACUUCACAGUACAAAAUCCAUCACUGGUACAAAAGAAUUUAAAUUUUCUGAUGUGAUUUGAUGUGAAAGUCAAAGUUCCCAAACCAACAUUUCAGCAGCAUGAAAGUGGUGCUACCCAUGCUGUGUUUGUGAUCAUGUUUCAAGGUCUAUGUGGGGACCUCAUAUCUGAAGCUUCAGUUCUGCAUGUACCAUAUUUUUUGCACUUUAAGGCGCACGCACCUGAUUAUAAGGCGCACCAUCAAUGAACGCGUCUGCUUUCAUACAUAAGGCGCACCAGAUUAUAAAGCACAUUAAGCCAAACAAAACAGUCAGAUGAGUCAAACUUUAUUGAACUCAUUCAGUAACUCCGUGAGGCUACGGUAGCUGCAGUGCUCCAACGAGCCAAAAGGAUUUUAAGUGCGCCUUAUAGUGCAAAAAAUAUGGUAUUUGAAUUCUGCAAAAUCGUUAAAACAAGUAAGAUAAACAUUUGUCAUCUUAGCUCAAUCUUAAUCUUCAAAGGUCAUCACAGUGUAUUUUAAUAAUUCAAACACAUCACUUAGACUUUGGGCUGAAUCAUUGUAAAUAAAAAAAAACUGAGCGCUGAAUACUUGCUCUGAAAACUCUCCUCCAUUUGGCUUCUCUGGAUUUCUGAUUCUACUUGUGGAAACUGAGGACAGUCGGUAAAAAGCAAAGGUGUUGAGUUUGGUCCUCUGGAUAGUGAGUGAUGCAGACUGCAGCUGUGUGUGAACUGCUGGAUUCCUCUGAUUCAGAAAGGUUACACACCUGCUGCACCACCAGAUAACUUAAGAUCUGUCCGACAAACUAUCACAGGAAGUUCCUCUCUUCACUUCUGGUCUGCUUAGCCUUCUUACUAUCCUCUGUGCCCAGCGUUUCAUCAUCACUGUCAGAAUCACUAUUUUGUGUAUUAGUGAUUCUUGUGUCUGAGGACCUGUAGAGCUGAUUAGUGCGCUGCAGGCAGAGAAACACAUAUGCGUUGUGUUUGUAUGAAGACACGCUCGAGCCUCUUGAGAUUGAUACCAAAUGUUGCUCAUUUAUGGGGCGGUUUCUCAGAGGUGAGAAUGAAGCCGAGGAUGAUCUGCUGUAGUAAACGGUUGUGUAUCUCCUCCCUCAUUGCUUUCUCUCCUUGCUUUUUAAGGUGGCCGCUAAAAACAAUUUAAAACUCUGAGCAGGUUGGACAGCACGUUGUAGGAACCACUUUCCUCUCAGCAUAAUCCAGCCUUUAGAUUACACUGCUUCAUUUGGCAAAUGAGCUCUUGAAUCAUCUCUAAAUUAUGGGAUGAGAACAUUGUUAACAGCUUUACUUGAGUGAGCACAAUUUUUGGGAUGGCUUGUGAAAUUUAUUGGACAGUACAAACUGGAUUAGUAUCAUAUGAAGCGACUUUAAUGCACUAAAUACUUUGUAUGCUGGGGGGGGAAACUGUUGGCUGUGUCGUUUCAGAUUGAACGUUGAAGAUCUUUCAACUUAAUUCCUGAGUUCUUGGGUGUUGCAUUAAGGGAUUAUUUGGGCUCAUGUAGAUAAAGUCUGUCAUGCUGAAGUAUUUUUUCUCCAUAUAUUUCGAGUUUUGAACAUAUUUGAUGUUACAUUUGCUACCAGACUGACUCACUAGGUGCUUAAACCCUGUGAAAGCCUUCUGUUCAAUCAGAAACAUCAGGAAAACCAUUUCAGGAGUUUUAAAGUGAAGGAGGCGCUCAAGUCUAAAUCUGAGAACCCACUGUAAAACAGAGAGGAGAAGUGCUUUUUUAAAACACAGUCUCUCUGCUGAAGUUUCCUUGAGCAAGACACUACUAUACACCUCAGAAGUGUCUGCGGGGGCGCUGUUGUGUCACUGAUCAAUGAAAAGACAGUUUCCCUCCAGUGUCAGAACAUUAACUUCCCUUGUUUGAAUUUCCUGGGGACAGCACUUUAUUUCCCUCCUUGCAUCCUAUUUUGCAUUUUCACAAGUUCCAGGGGGGUCAGGGAUGUUGAAUAUCAAACCACAUGAGCAUUAAAGAAGAUCUGUGAGAGAGAAAUUGGUUAAGGGAAGUGUGGAGUGAUAGAGGAAUGGUGGGCAUGAUACAGGGAGAAAAAAGAUAAGAAGGAAGUGAUGGAAAAAGAGGGGAGCAAAGGGAGAGAAGGGGAGGGGAUGUAUCCAUGGAAACAUGAGGGGAGAGGGAGGGGGGUGAUGUAGUUUGAAACUGUUUGUUACAAAGCGCUGGAACAAAAUGAAAGGCCCACAGCAGCGUUAAACAGAACAGCAGGGCUGACGUGUAUCCAGACUCUGGAUUCAGUGGUUUCUUGUAUUCUUGAUCACUUAAUGCCUUUUAUUCUAUUAUUCUAUCGGAUCAGUGACAUAAGGGUGAAACAUGGCGGAGGUCAAAUGAAAUCUGGGACUGCUGUUUCAGUGCUGUGCAGUCGGUUUGCGUUGAUGACCUUGUCAACAUUAAACAGAAGCAGGCUCUUUCUUUUUUCAUUCAUAUAUUCAUAGAAAAGCUGAAGUACUAAACAGCAGGGUAGUCUGUGAAUGAAUGUGUACGCCACAAACUAUGUCCCCAUUUCCUUCUCACAUUCAAUAUAAGCAAAGGAACAGCAAACACAUCACUGGUUUGGGAAUUAAGGAUUUUACUCCCUAGGGACCUCUUUUCAUUAACACUUUAGACUCUAUACUUACCUAAGGCUCUGUAAAAAUAAAUAAGGCUAUCACCCAUCUGCCAUUUUCAUUUACUCUUAGCUUUGGUGCCCAUUCAUAGAGUGAUGAGGGUCUGAGAUCAAAACUUGAGUUCAAAGUAUCUACACCCGUCAGUAUGAAUUAUUUCUCCUUUAUUAGCACCAAUAGCAGAAAUGAAAAGUCAUCAGUGAUUGACACAAGUCAGUGAACACUUUUAAACUGAACACUGUUGAUUUGAGUGACCAUUAAGGGUAAUUUCUGAUGAUGUUUGUUGCAUGUGUGCUUCAACUUGAAUUAUUUCUGUGGGAGUGUAAUGAAAUUUUUGAUCAAUAAAUGGUGUCUAAUUUUUCCACUGAAAUUGAUGUUUUAGGGCUUUAGGAUCAAACAUGGGCUGAAAUGUUCCUCCAGUGUCUUAAGAUAAUUAGUUGGUGACUACAGAGUAGAUCAAGAGGACAGUGAUAGAGGAAAAACUGGUCCGAAAAUCUGGAGGUCAAUGGAGUGGAUGACCUUUGACCUCUUGGAAAGAAAAUGUCAUCCAUUUGAAAAUGUGCCAUAAUUGUCUGUUUCAUACUUAAUGCUCAUUCUUAAAUUUAUUUAUGGUCAGAAUUAUGGCGUAGUUUGGUCAAACUUAUUCUUUGUUCUUUGGUGGAUGUUUUUAUCGUAUUGAGAGGGAUUCUGCAGACACGGAUAGCCAAACUGAAAACAGAAGUCUUUGGUCUCAGCAUAAAAGACUAAAAACAACUAAUUAUUGAAGUAUUUGCUAGUCCAUAAAUCGUGAUUGAGCAUACUGAAGCUUAGGUAUCUUCUAAAGUCUCUAAUUUCUUUGUUGUUAAACAGAAAUGUAAAUAUUUUACCUGCCAACCGCCUGAAGGUAUGAAAAAAAAUCUGGAAACCGUCAUAAUUGAGCAUUUCUUUAAACACUGAUUAACACUAAGUAACAGUCGACACAUAAACAGUGGUUUGCCUAGUGCUGCUAGCAUUAGCAGAGCUAGCACCACCUGAUUUAGUCCCCCUUGCAGGUUAUUGCUCACGCAAAGAGAUGCCAUCUGACAUCUGUUCCAGUGUGGUAGAUGGUUAUAUCAUUGUGGCAGUCGUUGUGAGCACAUACUGUUGCUCCGGCUGGUGGCCGUGCUACAGCUUAGAUGUAACUUGUAAUCAGCUUUUGGAUGCACAGUAACAAAACCAUACAUGACUUGUUGAACCAACCAGCAGCGCUACUGCCAACUAGCAAAGGUCACAGUCUUUAGUCCACUUAAGCCACAAGUUUUCAGCAACCACUUCAAAAACCCAACAAUAAUUUCACCCUAAGAAACCACCAAGUACAUAAAAGUACAAGUUUUCAUAGCCUAUAACUCAAACUUUUUUUUUUUCUAUGUGAGAGAGACAUGUUGGAAAUUUUUCUGUCAUCAAGUCAUGAGCAAAAGGACAAGUCCCCUCAUUUAUUGGUAAUUACAUUAUCUAAACCACAGUGUGGUAAAUAAUUAGGAGAUUAUCAUGGAGAGCGAACAAAAACCUGAAAGUAAAACAGUGGCAGUUGGUCUUUAAGUGUUAAAAUGUCUCUUUUUAAAGUGAAACUUAACUAAAAUGUUGCAAACAAACUCAGACCUUUAAAAAAAAAAAAAAAAAAAAAAAGCUUUUAAAAAAUCUGCAACAGCGAGCUGCAAGCACUCACAUCCAUUCUAGUGUUAAAUUUCAUUUGGAUUACACGGUCAAGAAAAAUGAGUUUAAGCGCAUCAAGGAUGUGUUGAAAUAAGGUGUAUAUUUAUUUUCCAGUACCCGCUACACGUAACUCUUAAAUAUAUUGAUGAAGUGCACAAACAGUGAUUGGGAUUAUAUAAAAAACAUGUGUCCACACAGAUCCCACAGAAACGGCCUAUUUCCUUAAAAGCGUAUAAAUCUGAGAUAUUGGCCUAUCGGUGCUCUGUGGAUUUCUCACCUGUGGGACAGUGUCAUUAACACUCUCGUAAGUCCUGUUUGGUCAGGCUCUAAUGGCAGCAGCUAACAGUGAAUCUAACCAGCCUGGACUGUUGAUUGGAAGAGGAUGCUGUUGGUGGUCACACUCCUCAUAAAGCAUACCUGAAAAUAGUGACUGUCUGCAGCUGUUAGCACCUUAAACACUGUGUAGGAACAGGGGGAUUAUUUGCAGAGCAGCCUGGAGCACUUCCUUUAUUCACACUUGAUGCACACCUGGAUUAUGGCUGUAAAAAAUACAGUUCAUGGUGACAUGUGUUUCAGCUAAAGCCUCACAGCAGACACUAGAGCUCUGCUGCUGUUUCUGAAUAAUAAAUAUCAAAGUAGUCCUGACACAGUAAUAUAAUGUUGCCUUAAAUGUUUUCAGAUAAUAUGUUCUAAACUAAAAUAAUAACAAAUGGCAUUUAUUUUUUUAUAGAGAUGCUUUAAGGGAUGGCUGUGGCUCAGAAACAGAGUCGGUCAUCUUUCAGUCUGAGGGUUUAAAACCAGGUACCACCUGCAGAAAUGUUCUUGGACAAGACACGUGACCCCAAACUGCCCCCGCUGGCUACAGCAGUGUCUGCACGGGAUAAGUUAAUACUGAUCUGCCAUCAGUUUAUGAAUGCAGUGUGGAAGGGUGAAUGUGACAUGUAGCGCUUUGAUGAGGAAUCGUUACAGAAACAUAGUCCACUGACCAUUUUACAUAGUCCAUUAAACUUUGACAAAUUCAUGCAUAAACUGGAUACAGACUGUAGCAUUUGUUUGGUGGUGGGCCCCUAAGAUUAGACAACGUCCCCACAAAAUGCUUAUGUGCCUGUUCUUCUGUCAGUAUAGCAAAUAAUCAUGAGCUGUUGUACAUUGAGGUUCUGAGCAGUUUAGCUGAAUAAAAAACCUGUGCCUUCCCCUCAAUGUCUUUUUUCCCCAUCUAUGAACACACACCAUACCUGAAUGGACACGAUUUCACCCUACAAUGGUCAACAUCAGGAUGCUGAACUGUUAUGUUACUGGUCCUGUGUGUGAGAGUGCAUGUGUAUGUGUGUGUGUGUGUUUUUGUGUACGUGUGCUGGCCAAAGAGGCCUUAUGAAACCCACAGCACCAUUCUUCUUUUUCGUGUUCCUCUUGCUGCAGCCAUGUUUGUGAAACCACAAAAUAGAGCCAGAUAGGUUUUGUGCUCUUUUUCUCCCUCACUCGCUCCCUAUUUUUUCUACCUCUUUCUGUUUUUCUCUCUCCAGCUCUCUUCCCCUCCCCCUCUCUCUGUUCCCCUUUCCUCAUCACUCCCUCUCUCUCUCUCUCUCUCUCUCUUUCUCUCUCUCUCUCUUUUUUUCCUCUCUUGCUCUAGGUUUCCAUCAAGCUUUACCCCUCCCUCCUCUCUCUCUCUCUCUCUCUCUCUCUCUCUCCCUCUCCCUCCUCUCUCUCUCCCUUUCUUUCUCUCUUCCUCUCUCACGUUGCACACUGCCCCUCCCUCCCUCUCGGUCUCGCUCUCACGUUGCUCCCUGCCCCAUCUCUCUCUCUCUCUCUCUCUCCCUCCCUCUUUCUCUCUGUCUCUUUCUCCUUUUUUUUCUACCUUUUUCUCUCUCUCUUUUGCUCUCCCUCUACAUCCUCCCCUCCCCCACUGCUGCCUCUCAUUUUCUCUCCCCCCUCCUCUCCUCUCUCACUCCACCAUUUCACUCUCUCACUCACUUGCUCACUCUCUCACUCACUCACUCACUCACUCCCCCUCCCAUCCCUGUUCUCUUUAUCUCCUCCCCUCCCUCCCCCUUCAAUCCCUCUUUCAUUCCAUGCAAUCAUCUGUUCUCUCUCUCUUUCUCUCUCUCUCUCUCCCUCUCUCUCUUUCUGCUUCCUCUAUUACGCCCCCAUUUUGUCCUCUGCUGUUUCCCUCUCUCUUCUCUUUCCUCCAUGUUCUCUCUAUCCUGUUGUUUACCACACUUCCCCAUGACAUUUAUGCCACAAACUUCUUUAAAAAAACUGUUUUCUAUCUCUGAAAAAACAACAUUUUCACAUGUUUGGAUGUAAACGUCUCUCCCCAUUGUAACCUCAUUAGAGCCAUCACUCAGUGGCACAAAGGCCUUCAUUAUUUACAUAGACUCAAAUGGAAACCCCUGCAUCCAAUAGCCAUCCGCCCUAAAGUUAGUGGUUUACGGUGGCAUGGUGUCUUUCUCUGUUUGUCCAUAUUCAACAAGUGGUUAGGUCUCUGGUCUACCAAACAACCACAGAUGACGGUCUUCCUUGGAAACCAGAUGAAUCAGGUGGCAGCCUCACCUCUCAUGCUCUCAGACAGGAUGAGCCUAUAAACCCAUCUGAAAUGUAAUGCAAGUGUUGCUGUUGUUACUUCAUGUGAUUUGACGGCCUGUUUAUUGUCUGCUUCAUUGAUAAAACCUCAAACCCACAUACCUGCCGAUGUAACAAGGUGACACAGGAGUUAUACCAGGACUCCCAUGGUGCAUUUUGGAACUAAACGUUGAGUUUAUCCCCAUCAUGCUAGUGCUAUUGUUCAUUUGUACUUUUCCCCCACAGUUUUUCAUGUGGCCUCUAAAUAUAACAAAGAAAUUGAAAAUGCUUUCCACGAUUUUGACUAGCUCACAAGAAUUAAAAACACAAAGCUGCAAAUAGUUUUGUAAAGUUUGAAGAAACAGAUUAGAUUUUUUUUCCUUAAAUAAAAAAAGGGGGCUCUAACCAAACAGUUCAGUGUUCACAGGUGUCAGAAACACUCCUCACAAGAGCUGUAAUGUGGUAACGCUGAUAUCUGUGUGAUCAGAAAAACACUCAAAGCUAACUACAGCUUUCACUCCUAAUCAUAAAUUUAUAACAUAAACCAGUAAAGGAGACCAAUACAAGGUACUUAAAAAUAAGGGGCUUUGCUCUUUUGGCCUUUUUUUAAUAACCAGAGCCGUCACACCUUAAAGCAAGUGACAGUGUUGCAAGGGUGCGCCGACAGUCAGUCAGUCAGUUUGGCUAUCAGUAGACCAAACAUGUCAAAAAGUUCCAAUUCAUACAGUAUGUGUUUAUAUUCAGAGCGAAUAGUGUGAACUGGACAAACCAUCAAACUGCAGACAACCUGAAAAGAAAAAAGGAUUGAAGUGUGUUUGUGAGUUUGUCGUCGAGCUGUUGAAAGCAAACUGCUGUGAGCUAAGUUCACAGUCAAUCUUCCAGCUGUUGUUAUGAUGGAAGACUGACUUUUUUUCUACGUGUCAGCUCAUUAGAGGCAAAAUAAUCUGCCUUGUUGUGAGCUUUAAGCAAUACAGUCUUCUCUUUGACUGUGAUGAUGACCAGUGUGGGGAGAGUAGGGGAUGACAUGCAUCAAAUCCUAGCAAGACUAUCUAAACAUUCAGAAUCAUCGUCAGACAGUCUGUGACAAUAGCAGCACUUUCGACAGGGCACUGCUUUUCGUUUUCAAAAAAAUGAAUUUCAAGUUUCAUUGUGUCAAAUAUCAUUAAUGCAAAAAAAGUGCAAAGAACCACAGAGGUCAGUCUGAUCUAACUGAUAAACUAAAGCCUUCAUUCAGUUUUUUUAAGAGUCAAGAAUCCAACCAUGAUCCUACUUUAUAGAACAAUUACAUGAAGUUUCAUAAUUGUUUGCAGAGAAACUUCUGACCUCAUCUCUGCUAAUUUAUCGGUGGAAUGAAUGAAAGCAGAAUCUGUUGGAAUAAGACACAGUUGUUCUGGUUUUCUUGCGCUUGUUGGCGGUUUAAGAGUAGUCGACCUAUUUGAUAUCAGCAAGCACAUCAAAAAGUGCUUCAACAAAAUCCCCAGUAUUUAAAUCCAGAAACCCGCCAGCACGGCAGUCAUCCAAAGCUGUAUCUGAUAAUCAUGUCAUUUCUGGUCACAUUGUAAACAGCGAAAAUAUGGCAUUGAAGAAGGCUUUGCCAAAAUACUUAUUUGCCAACCGUCUGAUAAUCCAGAAGCCUUGAAAAGUUGGCCAGUGCUCCCAGAGACUGUUUGGUUUCCAGACAGCAGCCGUGGUUUCUGAGAUAACUUCUGACCAAACCGCCUUUCAGAGGUUCUCUGGUAGACUUCUCAGGUUGAUGGUUUCCAGCUCCAUCCGAACAAUGUCAGACUUGGGCCAUAACUCAGAUUUGUACAUAAUAGUUCUCAAUAAAAGACUAAGAACAAACAGCUGUUAACACCUCACACUGGAAUAAACGUCAGAGAUGUUGAGUUGGGAAAAGAGUCGCGUGAGCAUCAGCUUCUGGAGUUGAGAAUGAGAGGUGAUGAAGUCACACUUGCUGGCAUGUUGUGGAGCUGUGAAUGAUGGUCUGGGUAACUUCUGUUGAUGAGCAAUGAUCAGACGACAUUAAGAACUUCUUCCUGCAGUAAAGAAGUUUCAACCAUUCAAGAAAGAGAUUGUUAAAGACAGACAUUGAAAGUGAAACCAUGCAAAAAAAAAGACAGUGGAGGGGAUUUUGUUGACUACAGUCUGCAGAACGUGUCAUCUGUUGUUGUAAACACCUGGGUUGUGAUUGUUGGGAGUUAUGAGGUUGCUGAGUUUUAUUUUGUAAGAAAACUCAGACUAAAUGAUCUUUCAGUAUUUGUCAUGAAGUGGUUACAUAAACCAAGUUUGAACAUAAACUUUUGGAAAUAUAGUUAGUUACCUUUUGAUGUAGCUUUGUACCACCUGAUAAUAAGAUUAUCAAUCAAAAAGAGAUUAUAGUCAGUAUACACAGGGCUGUGGGAUUAUUUGAGCCUGAGUUUAUAAAUCACAGCUUAUCAGCAGACAACACUCCUUAAAAUUUCUCCAGCCUACCUCUUUGAUAUACAGUGUAGAUGAUUUCUUUACAUUGACAUAGAAGACCUCGUAGGAAAGCAAAUUCUGGCAAAGCUGCAAAAUAAAUCAUCCAAUUAUUUGCUAUAAUGAUCUCUCAAACAUUUGGCUGGUAAAAUGUGGUGAUAUCUCCAAGUCUUUGGUCCCGAACCAAAAUGCAGUCCACGUUAACAAAGCUGCAAACAAAAGAGUCAAGAUCAUAUAAGAGACGCUGAGUCACCUGAAUUUUCUCCCUUCAUUGUUAAAGAGAAUUUCAUUUAUGAUUUAUGACAAAUUGGCAUUGAGACUUUAAAAAUGCCCCAGAGAGGUUUAUACCAGGACUCUCGAUUUGUUUCCUGUGUAGAGUAACAAGUUAAUUGUCCCUGUAGAAGAAACUAUGAUAGGGUUUAAAACAGAAUAUAUUUAUGAAUAUCCUUUUAUAACCGAUCUGUAAAAUAGUUCAGAAAAAAAAAACAUUCAUUCCUUAAAAAUGUUCAAACUGCAUUCAAGUUGUUUUCUGCUAAUUUAUCUGUGUUUUGUAAAAAGGAUAAGGAAAAGGAUGGCUUUGGCAGCUUGCUUGCCUGUCAGAGGUGACGAGGGUGUUACUGUAUUAUCAGUGAGUGUUUAAGAGAUGAUUUCAGCAGAGACAAAACACCCCACAUUUUUUGUUUUAUUUCACGGCUUCUCUACAUCGUCCUGCAUCAAUGUGUGAAAUGUGUGAAGAGUUUAAGCGAAAAUAGAAAUGACUGCAGAUUUCAUUGACUCUCAGGCUUUUCUCUUGUGACGAUCCAUCCCAGCUUUUAGAUGGUGACUUGAACUCAUUUAUUUAUAGAGUUUGGUGAGUGAAAUGGAGGUAUGGUUGAAGCAGUGGUGCAGGGUUAGCUGGAGCUGUGGAGGUGAGGCCCAAUGUGAUUCAAGACAGGUCAUUUCCAAAAGUGAAAGCCUUACAGUACGGAAUCAGUAGUGAUAUCUAAAGAGUUUGUGUUGAUAUUUAGAAUUUUACAGUAUUAUAAAGUCUUGCAUUCAUACAUUAAAAUGCCUUGAGAAACUGUUUGAUUAAAGUUGAAACUAUUAGCAGGAUGUACAGUAGCUAGCAGUACGCUAAAAAUGUUUUCCCUUGGAUGAAAUGGGGAAAUCCACGCCCCCAACCCAUUUGAUUGGUUCCUGCAGCAUCUCUUCUUCGCCUGUUGUUUUUCAUCCUCUGAUAGGAAAGGGGGAGGGAGAGUUAUAUGCUAUAGUAGGGGUUAGGGUGAGGUUAGUAAGGUUAGGGUUAGGGUUGGGGUAAGGGUAAGGGUUAGUGGUGUCGAUGUAGUGAAAUUUAAAAACAGGAGGGGGCGUUUUCGAGGUAGAAGUGAGAGACUGUGUCGGAACCAAUCAAAUAGGUUUGGGGCGUGGAUUUCCCUAUUUCAUCCUAGGGAAAAAAAUCUCGCUAGCAGUACACUAGAUAUACCUACAGUACAGUUAGGUCGCACAAUCACAUGUUUGCCAAUCAGAUAGUGUUGUGGGCGGGACUUUGGGAGACACAGAGUUGUAAAUGAAAAAAAGACACACUGGUGGCAAAGCCAAAGUAGCACACUCUUUAAUUCACUGAUAGUAUUGGUGAUGAUCACUAGAAUAAAUCACCAUUACAGAUAAUCAGCCAAAUCCCAAAUAUUGGCCUGUAUAUUGGCCGAGGCUGAUAACUGGUUCACCCCGACUACCACAAACAAAAACAUGGGGCCCAUUAGCUUGAGCUGGUCAUCAUUAAAUUUAUGCAACACAAGCUGUUCAUAGUGUCAUCUGCUGCUUUUUUAAAUUUCCCAAAUUAUUAGCUGAUAGGCCGUUAUCUGUAAACAUGAUGAGGAUUGGCAAAAUCGGAUACCAGUGCACUCCCAGUAAGCCAAAGUUUUCUGUUUUUUGCAUUGGAAAAUUAUGGUGAAUUCAGGGUGUUACAGUUGCGGUUAGUUUUUUCUGAAUGAGGGAGUCACUUAAUGGAAAUGAAUCCAAUAUAUAGUGUAAUGAAGUGAGUUCAAUAAACCAGAGCCAUAGAAAGGAGGGCUCGGUUUGUAGUUUGAAUGCUUUCUUGGGUCGACAACAUCACCACAAGUCUUCUGGGCAUCCUAAAUGUAGGUCUUGUGUGUUGAUACUCUUCUUCAUCUCACAGGGAGAAAUGUCAGUCAGUUCCCGAUUCACUUUAGACUGUUGGCCCCCAUCAUUUACAGCUUGGUAAUUUGGUGCUAUUGUGUUGUCUCAGUUUCAUCGUUGGCAGGAUGUGUGUGACCUUUGUGGACUCGCGGGCCACUCUUGGCUCUGCCUCACAGCUCCACAGUUAUCUCAUCGCCCUAACUUUACGGAGAGUGCGUGCUCGGGUCGUGAGAAGACGUGAAGAGAGAUGAAAGUCCCCCCCACACUGGAACCUCCAUGUUUCCUGAGCUGUCAAUCAGCGACCCUAAUUUGUGUGUGUGUGUGAGUUUAAUCGAGGCAGCGAAAAGCAGGAGAAACAGGCCUGUUUCAUUUGUGCUAAGAAGCAGGAAAACACCUUUUACUCUCUCUUGACUCUCAUUUCAUCUGCUUCUUCCCUCCAUCCAUCUUCCAUUUCUCUUAUUCUUUUACCGCAUUCUGCUCCACUCCUCCCAUCCCCCUCUCUUUUUCUCCUCUCUCCCCCUCCCCUCUCUUUUCCUUCAGUAUUCUCUCCUUCCACUCCCUCCCUCCUUCUCUCUUUCUCCAUGUUCUCUUUCUCUCCUUCAUUCGCUCAUCUCCUUGUCAGUCACCUCUCCUCCUCUUCUACCACACACUUCUCCUCCUAAGUCUGUGCAGGAAACAAUCUUCCAACACUUUUCCCUACUCAUAAACCCUGCUUGAUAAAUGAGAGGGUGAAAACAGAGAGGGAGGGGAGAGAGAUGGAGGAAGCAGAAAAGGAGAUAGAGGGAUAAGCAGAUAGAGGAAGAGAGACAGACAGGGAUAGGCAGAAACAAAGACAAAGAAUGACUGACAGAGAUGAAAGAGAGGAGGAUGAGAGAGGCGGGAGGCUGCUUGGUGGAUCUAUAAUUUCAGCUUGAUAUGAUUUUGAUUUUAUUUUGCUGCUGAGUGCGACUUUGAGCUCAUUCAUCAGACACUAUCAGGGAGCUCGGUUCACAUUUGUACAAGCUAGUCCUUCUUAAAACAUGCACACGCUCAUUUGUUGGAGGACUGUUUGUUUUGUGUCUGGUGUCACUACCAAAACUGUGAGGAAAAGGAAGAAGAAGAAGAAGAAGAGGAAGAAUAGGAAGAGGGUUGGAGGCGGGCAGUUUAGGCCCCGCCCCCUCUCUUCCCUCACAUAUAAAUUGGAGGUGAACAGAGCCCAUUCUCACUCAACACUUGCACUGAAGAAUGAGAUCCUUAAAGCACCUGAAACCUCACAGCAGGAGGAGCGUGGUGAGUUUCAUGCUAGCAUGUAAAGUGCUAGUUUACUCUCAGGUGGAUUUAACCACAGACAGCUAGGAAAAGCGCCUUCAGAUUGACUCUUUGUAUCUUUGUUCUUUGUUUUCAACUUGCUGUUUGCAGAUUUCGUUAUGCCAGUGCUUUAACUCAUUAUCGCCUCUUUUGGAGCUCUUAUCAACUCUUUCUCCAUACCUCUUUCUCUCCUCCCUUCCUCUUUCUUUCACUUCACAGUCUUUAUCUUUCAUUCUGUCUGGCUCUCAUUUUGUCAUUUUCUUUCUCCUUCUGUCUCCUGGUUGCUCACUGCCUCCCCUCCCUCCCUCCCUCCCUUCCUCUGUCUCCUCGUAUCUUUCUUUCUCUUUCUUCCUCUUGCUCUCUUUUCACUGCUGCCUCACACUCACCCUCUCACUCUAUCACUCUGCUCUCCCUCGCUCCCUCCCUUUCCCUCCCCCCUUCGUCUCCUUAUCUCUCUUUCACUCUCCCUCUACCUUUCAUUUUUUCUCUUUUGCUCUCCCCUCCCCUUCACUAGACUCAUGCCUGCUCUAAGCUCUUUCUCCCGCUCCUCUCCCUCCCUCCUUUCUCUCCCUCUCUCUCUCUCUCUAUCUCUCUCUCCUUCCUCGCAGCUUUUUCCUCUCUCUCUCUCUCCCUCCCCUCUGUUCUCUCUCAGCUCUCCUCUGUUUUUGUCUCCUGCUUUUCCAUUCUCUUUUUUUCAUUUCUUAAUCUUAGUCAGUUUUUCUUCCUCUUUUUCCCUUCUUGCACUUGAAUGUGACUGUGUAUGAGUAAGUGAGUGUGUGUGUGUGUCUGUGUGUGUGUAAGUGUGUGAGUGUGUGGAUCAGUAGGCCAUCUAAUCCCCAAAACGCACACAUACACACACAGAAACCUUACAUGGUAAGCACUCUGGAUUAGAUGGUGUCUUUCAGAGUUCCUGUAUCUCAGUCACUGGGUCUGAAGGUUUUCCUCAGAUCGUCUUGAUUCUUGUUGACUUCUUGUCGAUUCGGGGUGAUUUCAGUCUCUCUGGGAGGAAAUUCUUUGUGUUUUUUUUUUAAGCAAAGUAUCCUCUUUAAUGAUGCAAUAAAAGGCUCUUUAGUGUCAAAGUCUCUGUUUCCUCUCAGUGUUUCUGCUUCUAUCUCUCCUGACAACCAGCUCCAGGAGAUGUUACGAUUGGACGAUGAGGCUGGACACCUUAUUGUCCUUAUUGGGUCACUUUUAUCAGAGACAUGAUCUCAUUGGAGGACAGUCCGUGAUAGUUUGGCACUGGGACUUGUUAGUUAUUACUUUUCUACCUCUGUAUCAUCACAUCAAGCAUUCGAAGUGACCAGCGUCGGCUUGUUUUGAAGCUGACAUUCACAUCUUAUGUGUUCUUCGCAGUUUCUUUCUGAACAAUAUUCGUCUUACAUUUCAUGCAAGAAAUUGUUUGACACAACUGAACAAAGCUUUGCUCAAACUCAGAGUGAUUACAGAGAAAAUGCUCCCCCUUUUAUUUGCUUUCCCAUCCAGCUGUGUAGAAUAAGUCACAACAAACCGACUUUAUCUCUAAAGAUGUUCAUAGAGAUCUAGCAGCCUGUCUUCAUUGCCUCCCUGUCAUUCUCACGUCUCCCCUCUCUGUCUCUGUGCGUCUCUGUUGCAGGAGGAGGCGAGCCGGCGCCUGGGUAGAUGUGAGCCCAAGGUAAUGGCCAGGCUGGUGGACAUAGGCACACAAACAGAUCCGGUAGUUGUGCUGUCCUUGGCCCAGGCCGCCGUGCUAGGUCUCAUCUCCCAGAAUGAAGUGUUUGGAGCUACUAUUGCACCCAACGGCUUCUACACCGGCGAACCCAAAGAGUCCCCUGCACCACCAGUAGACGGAGUCGACUACGAGUACGCAGACCAGCUUAUUGGAGCCAACGGAGAUUACCUAGGAGAUAAUUUGGGAGAAGACGGACAGAUGCAACCCAGCUGCAGCCAGAGGAGGUGGCAGCAGGGGCCGCCGCAGCAUCCCGAUGGGAAAAUGGUCGUCCCUGAUCGUCACGGCCUUCAAGGCGGUGACGUGUCCUCAUCCCACGUCAAAGGGGAAGUAGUGAACUCUGGAAUGUCCUCCUGCGUCCACAUGCUGAACAAUAUGGCUCCCAGAGGUGGAUUAGUUCAGGUGGAUCCAGCCACCCUUCGAGGCACCAACAAGAACUGUGCAGAGUGUGAGCGGGAAGCCUCCAGCCAGCAGCAACCCAACACACACGUUCACCCUCCUCCUCCACCUCCUCCUCCUCAGGUGGGCCACAGAGGAGCGGAGCAGGGCCAUAGAGGACUGCAGGGCCAGCGCCCGAUGGGCGGCCAUGGCCGGGGAGGCAGAGAGGAUGAAGAGGAUGUAGAUCACCAGGGUAACAAUAUGAUGAAGCCCUCGCAGCAGGAUGAGGCCAUCAGCAGCUACUUCCAGACCAGCGAGGUCGGCAGCUAUGAUUCAGGGGAAAUGGGCAUGGGGGGCGAGUACGAAGACGGCAGCCAGAGCAUGAUGUGGAACGACGGGAGCGGCGGAGGGCAACACCAGCAGCCUCCACAUCCGCAGCCUCCACGGAGACAUGGCGGGCGCAGGGUGGACAGAUUAGAUAUCAACAUCCAGAUUGAUGAAUCGUACUGCGUGGAUGUAGGCGACGGUCUGAAGCGCUGGAAGUGCCGCAUGUGCGAUAAAUCAUACACCUCAAAGUACAAUCUAGUAACGCACAUCUUGGGCCACAACGGCAUCAAACCGCACGCCUGUCCUCAUUGUGGAAAACUCUUCAAGCAGCCGAGCCACCUUCAAACCCACCUACUGACUCACCAAGGUACUCGCCCUCACAAGUGCACCGUCUGCAAGAAGGGCUUCACCCAGACCAGCCACCUGAAGAGACACAUGCUCCAACACACCGACGUCAAGCCCUACAGCUGCCGCUUCUGUCGCCGUGGCUUCGCUUACCCGAGCGAACUCCGAGCACAUGAGGUGAAGCACGAGCGCGGGCGUUGUCAUGUCUGCUCCCAGUGCGGUAUGGAGUUCCCCACCUACGCCCACCUCAAACGCCACCAGACCAGCCACCAGGGCCCUCACACCUUUCAGUGCACCGAGUGCAAUAAGUCUUUCGCUUACCGCAGCCAGCUCCAGAACCACCUGCUGAAGCACCAGAGCCCGAGGCCUUACACCUGCUCCCAGUGCGGCCUGGAAUUCGUACAGCUCCACCACCUACGUCAGCACUCGCUCACUCAUAAGGUACUAACACGACAGCCGGACACUCCCAUUCCUACCCAGACUUCCUGAAUGUUCUCAUAUGCAGCCAUACUGAGCAUGUUAACUGUACAGACUAGACAGGUCAGGGUUAUUCUGGAAACAUGAAGUGAUGAUAGUGGAAAAAGAGAGCAAUCACACAACAAAGAGGCACUGUUGGAUCACCCACUGAGGCUACCACACCUCUGAUGUGGUUCAUCCUCCGUCCUUUACCCUCUGAGAGCUCUGAGGCUUGAGCAGUCAGGUGAGAGCUCUCACCCUGGCAUUGAUCUGUUUAAUGUACUGAGUCCUCCUCUGUCUUUAUUUUGGGCAUUUUUGUUACUCUAACUUUGCUAAUGUUCCAGGAGACACGGUCGAUGUUGGUAGUGAGGGCUAAAUGUCAAAUUUUUACACAGAGUUAAUGGCAACCUGUGUGAGAUUUUUUAGGUGGCGUGAAAAAAAGUAAAGCUUACUCAUCAGCAGUCAGGCUGCACGAUAUUGAAAAAAAAAUAGAGUUGUAUUUUGUUUUUUUUCUGCAACAUUUGUUGUGAUACAGAAAACUGAACUCUCAUUUGUGAUCUUAGGCAAAUUUUCUACUUACAACACAAUAAUAAUUAUAAAAAUUAUUUAUAUAGCACUUUUAAAAACAAGAGUUUACAAAGUGCUUUAACAUGCAAGAAGAUAAAAACAACAUAACAACAACAAGAGAACACUUGGGGGGGAAUGUCACAUUACUGGCAAUAAAGAAAUAAAAUAAAAUAAAAAUUGGUGGAAGACGUAAAAGCUUGGAUGAAUGUCACGAGCAGAGACGUCAUUAAAAGGAAAACAUUUAAAUGAAGACAUUAUAAGAACCUGUGAUACUCAGCCAACACAGGAACCCAAUCACAAAAGCCUGAGACUUUUAGGGGACUAUUAUAAAACAUGAAUAAGAAACGUAAAAGGUUUUAAAGAAGACAAAUUCACAUAAAAGCAAGUCUAUAAAAACGAGUUUUAAGACAUGAUUUAAAAGCUGCGACUGUUUCUGCACACCUGAUCUUCUCGGGGAGGUCAUUCCAAAAUAAAAGUAACCUCUUAUUUACACUAAUUUUGGUUCAGCCUUUUACCAGCAACUAUCAGGCCAGCAGAGUAUAAAAGGUGCUGUGCAAAAACAGUACUGGUAAACAGUGCUGAAGCAUGGUAUAUAAACUGAUAUUAAAGAGUGUUUUCUGGCUAAGAUAGCUCACAGUUUGCUGCUUUUUCUUUAAUAAACAUUACCUGAUUAAGCAACAUUGUUCCCCUGAAUUCAAACUACCUCCAGACAGCUGUUUUCAUGACUGAAUAAUCACCAGCUUCUCUCUGGUAAACUGACUGCUGGCUAAAGCUUCAUUUGACUGCUUGAACAGUAAUGCCCAGACCUCUAUCUUCAGGUAAAAAUGUGCAUAUUGAAUGAGAAAACAUUGAUUGUAUACAUGACAUUAUACCCUGAUUUAUUGCAGUAGACUAAGAUUUCAGCAUUGUGUUUAUUGCAAAAGCUAAUAUUGAUAAAUUUGCGGUUUAUUUUGCAUCUUUAAUCAAUAACAUGUAAAGGAAGACUCAUGGCCCGUAUGAGGCUUCUGUCAUCGUAGUAAUAACAGGUUUGGAUUAACUGCUCAACUUUAGUACAUCGUCUCAAUGAGUUUCUGUCUUUGUUCAUGUGGACAAAUCCCAGAAGUGUAACCAAAUAACACUUGAAUCAGCUCUACAGAACACCCUCUCCUUUAAAAGUAUACUUUAAUAUCUUCUGCAUAAGAUGUCAUGAUAUUACAACCUUGAUACUAGAGAAGCCCCUCAGAGUGAUUUCUACAUCCCCUCUGAAACAGAUGCUAAAAAUGAUCUUUACAGGAGAGGGAAUGAGUUUAUAGGAUAUCUGAAUUUCACAGCACAGAUUCACAUUUCUGUACAUCCACUACAUCUCUGUGUCCUCCUCAUUAACGUCCACCUCAUUUAGUCCUCAUCUGACUGAAAUGUCUCUAAUUGCUCUGUGCCCCCCCUCCCUGUUCUGCGCACAUACACACACACACGCGCGCCAUUGGAAGAUAGAUGAAGAUGCUGAGAGAUCACAAUUCAUUUAAUAAAACUGCAGGCAUACCUUUCCUUUAAUUCUCUCCCAGUUUGAGACCUCCAUGAUAAAUUGCCAUUUCAAGAACGGCCUCACAUCACAUCCUGAUGUUUCUCUGAAUCUGCUCCCUUCAUUUACUCUGAACAGUGGAUCAUUGUUUUUGCUUCAUAUUCAAGCCUCCACAGUUAUGAAUGAAAUAUCAGCUGACUUCCUGAAGAUUUACCUUAAUUUGAUUACUCUCAGCGGAACAAAAAUCCUAAUCCAACUCUAUUCUCCCAGCCAGUAUUCUCCCUUGUGGUUUAUGUUGUAGCAUGCCGUCUGCUCACUGCUCCCCCUGGUGGACGUAAAAAUACCAACAGGUUUGUUUUGCAGACAGUAGGAGGACUGACAGUUUGACAGAUUUGUCUGUUUACUCUUACACUGACUGUCGACACACCAGUGACCUGUUAUACAUAUUUGUUCUUCGCAAUAACCCAGAAUCCAGUUAUCCAGACCCACUUUUUAUGUCUGCUGACAUUCACUGCAGAGUGGCGUGUGUGGUGCUGCAGCAUAUUCAGUCAAGCCUCCAGGCCUGAGCUGCUGUGAAUCGUCUGCUCUUGUGACCCGCUUCUCUGUGUUUGUACACUUCUUGUCGCAUGUGCGGGAAAAUACUGGAGCAGAAGAAAACAGAGAGCAAGACGGAUGUUUCUUUUUCUUUUUCACUCCUAUAUCGUAAUCCAUUUUGUACCUACUAAAGCUCCAGUGGAUUCUGUUGUAGUCAAACGAAUCGAGUUUACAAUGCUAAAGCUGCACAGCGUUCUUCUUACACUGACACAUCCAGACCAGUUGUUAUACUUCGGCAAGUGGCUUCAUCCCUAUUGUUCUACGAGCAAGUCUUUAACAUAAUUAUGACAGCAAUGGUUCAAUAUUAUACAGACUAUAUGAUAUGUAAUGAUACUGUGGAUUUGGAGAGUUUCAUCAUGGCAGACCACUGCAUGAGCCAAGCCAAUUAGCUUACUGUUUACAUUUUAGAGAGAGUCAUUUUCAGGCAAGUGUUUGAUUUUGAGACAGUUGGGUGAAGCGGACAAAGAGAUAUUCUUUGAUUUGAGUUUCUUUGAUGUUUCUGUUUUAAAGGUUUUAAUGAGAGAUGUCCUGGCUUUAGAUUGUUCAUUUUUGAUAUGAGAGGGAUUAAGAAUGAAUGAAUGAAUUUAAUUUAUUUGGUUAUACAUUAUGUUAAGGCUGCAGGAUAUUGGAAAAAAAUGACAUUGCAAUUUUUUUCAACCCUGCGAUAUAUAUUGCGAUAUUAAAAAAUCCAUGAAUUUUCACCACAUAACCUGAAUAGCACUUUAUGUUAUUAUGUCAAAGCAUAACAAUUUGUGUGAAUCCAGAACUACCAAAAACAACACAGAACAAAAUAUUAUAUAUGUACUCUCUGAUGUCACACAAUAUCCUCCACACAAUCAUGAACCAAAAAGGAGCAGGCUGAAGUCGAAAGGCUUAUUUAUACCUCUCCUAAACAAACCAUAAGAUAUCCAGAAUAUCAGCAAACAGAAAAAUAAGUAAAGAAUAACAAAAUACAAAGCAAAAACACAGCAAACUAACUCUUACUCUAAAUUAUAGUCCUUAAUUAUUUUAUCUUUUAAAGCUUUUUUGAAAUUCAUCAUGUUUCAUUCCAUAGUUUGGCUCCCAAAACUGACACACAUCUGUAUUUUACAUUUGUUCUCACUAAGAAUGACGUAUUAUGAGUGAUAUUUAACUAACAAUGGCUGUAGUAACCUCGUAUGGAUUUGAAAUGAUAGUGUUGGUUGGUGUCUGACUCUGUUCAGCAGUCUAAAGUCGUCCUAACCCCAAAACAAGCUAGGAAGCUCUUCCAUGUGCUGAAUAUGACAUGGCUAACAUAAAAACACUUCAUUGUUUGUUUCACAAAAUCUAACUGUGAAAGAAAAGUCUUUUACUAAACACAAAAACAUUUUCUUCCAAUAUUUUUGUGUCGUAGAUAUAAUACCCAAAUAAUAAAAAAAAGACCUGUUGGAUAAUCCUACAGGUAAUUGUUCCAGAAAAGAGGAAAAUUAACAUUUUUAAAGGCUAAUAAAUGAUGUCAGAUUACUGGCAUACUUGAUGAUACCCAAUACCAAGUUUAAGGCAGAAUAAGAAUCGUUUAAACUAAUAUCAUUAUUAGAGCGACACCAGUGAGACGCCAGAAAAGUAAAUGGUUUAAGGUGGUUAUUGUAACAACUUAGUGUUCAGGGUAUUAAACAACAGCAGUAGUUGUUGUCUUGAGCUGAGUGUAGCUGCAGCCUGAAAUGGGUCAGCAUGUAGGCCGGACCAGCUGCUUAACAACAAACAAACAAACAAUCCUGCUGUAGUUUUUUAAAACAUAGGAAUUCACCACUUCUACCUGUCUCCUAUAUUUUACUUCAACCCGCCUCACCUUGUAUCUCCUUGAACUGUCAUCGACCUUCACCUUUUACUAAUUUCAGUGAAAUUAGUGAUAAUUGAUGGUAAAUUUUCUUCAUUUGAUUGAUGAACACUUCUCCUCUAUCUGGUCUCUUUUAGGGGAUGAAAGGUCACAAGUGUGACGUGUGUUCCCGGGAGUUCACCCUGUCUGCCAACCUGAAGAGGCACAUGCUGAUCCACAACAGCGUCAGACCCUUCCAGUGUCACGUCUGCUUCAAGAGCUUCAUCCAGAAGCAGACGCUAAAGACCCACAUGAUCGUUCACCUGCCUGUGAAGCCCUUCAAAUGCAAGGUGACUCUUUGAGAACCCUGUUAAUUCGUAGGAAAUGUAGUUCAAGGUGAAUUUUGACAGACAGGAUGGUUCUGUCAUUAACCAGAGGCUUUGAUGCUAUCUCCACAUGCAUCUGUAAUCAUGUGCAAGAUUGGUUUAAAGGCUAUAAAUGUUCAAAUUUUUCCUUUUCCAGGUCUGUGGCAAGUCUUUCAACAGAAUGUACAACCUGCUGGGUCACAUGCAUCUCCAUGCAGGCAGUAAGCCCUUCAAGUGUCCUUACUGCACCAGUAAGUUCAACCUGAAGGGAAACCUGAGCAGACACAUGAAGGUCAAACAUGGGAUGGAUGUCUCACCAGAGGGACAAGGUGAGGCCUAAUGGAGAAACUCUAUGUUGCUCUGUACUUUUUCCCUACUUUUUUAUCUACUUUUUGUCAAAGAGGAUUGAAUGUGUUUGCUCUUUGACUAAAAUACCAAUCUCACAUGUACAUUUGAGUGGCGAGGCAGCUUAGUUUAGCAUCUGUUGAAGCAGUAUUCAGUGGGCUUUAACCCAGCGGGAAUUUGAGAAGACUUUUUAGUGGUAUGUAACAAUAAUCCACAAAGUUUCCUGACAUGUGCUCUUCAAUGUUGUCUUUCUUUUUCAGAAGUUCUUCCAGAGAUGGAGAGCCAGGGGGAGUAUGAAGGACAGAACUUCAGCUUUACAUCACCAGACAAUAUGGACAAUGGUGGCUCCCAAAACCUCACCAAACUCACAACAGCAAACAUGGAGGACAUGGAGGAAUAUUACAAUUUUGGGAAGGAUACGAGCAGCUACACCACCCCCUGAGUGGUGAUGAACCAGUUAUUUUUUUGUUUGUUUCUUUGAUUAUUUUGAAGGCAGGAGGAAAUUAAAGAGUUGUUACGGCUUUGAGAGACACUGGGGAAAGGUUUUUUCUUUUAGUUUUUGGCCUCCUUCCAGUAGAGCCAGAACUGCUGGACUCUGAUGGGAAGCCAGGAAGGAGACGCACUUCUAAGGAGACGUUUUCAGCUCUGUUGCUGAUAGCAGAGACACUGAAAGUGUUGAUGCGGUCCAGAGCUCCUUUUUUGGGAUUAGGGAGCUUGCCAACUCAAAGACUCUCACUGGCGGACAGUCGAAUCUGUAUGUCGUGUGUAUGUAUCAGCUACUUUGAAGAAAAAAGUAAAACGUUUUAGUUGCGAAGCUGUCAGUUACAUUUGAUGUGAUCAAAAUUUGUUUACCAUUUUGCCAUUUUUGUCGUUCACAACCAAUGUAUGCCCUUAUAUUUUUGACUGAAAGUGCCAGAUAGAAAGAUUUACAACUAAGCUUCCACCGUGUCAGCUAUUUACUCACUGUAUAUCAAACUUUUGAUACAUAAUCACAACAUAUUCAUAGGUUUGAAUGCUCUUACUAAACAGUUUCUAAUUGUAGUGACCCUUUCCUGCCCGGCUCUUGGUUAAAGCAGACUACUCCUCUGAUGCGUUUGUGCUUUUUGCACAGGACAUUGCAGCCUUACUCUUGAGCAGGCACUUACCACCUGUCAAAUGUCGGCUGAUAGCGGAAAACAUUGUUACUGACAUGUAAAACCAUAGACAUAAUUUACAUAGACGCCUCAUAGACAGGGGCUGCCUAUCGGAGCUGACGUAUCAGCGUGGCUGCCAUCUUGGAUGGGUCCCCCAUGUGUCCCCAGUGCAUUUAUUUCUAUUGAGGAAGGUAGGAAUGCCCAACUAGAUUAAUCAUAACCCCAGAGAGAGAUGUGAAGAUGUAGCUAUGACACUGUCACACUUUAAAAAUGCUCCAAAUUAUUUUUCAAUCUAACUUGUGAAAUGUAAUCCUAGGGGGAAUCUAAUCCUAGUGUGAGGAUACCCAUCCAAUAUGGCGGUGACGCUGGAUUACGCUCCAGCAGGUAAUGAUGCGUCUGCGUAUAUUAUGUCUAUGUGUAAAACCUUUUCACUGUACAAAGGAUUCUUCAACAUGCAGUGUGUUGACCUACUGUUUUUAUUUCACAUGGUUUAGCUUUACAUUCAUACCCAUACCUGUGUAGUGAGUAUACUACUCUAGUUUUUUGAAUCACAGAGUGAUCAAUACAAAGCACUUUUUCAUGAGACCUGACAUUUUUUCUGUGAACUCAUUUGCAGGUGGGGGAAACUCGAUUGUAGAAUCGCUUGAACUCGCCAAACAGCAAUAUCAAUAAACACAAACAGAUAUGCUUUCUCUGCAGGUUUAUUUUCUUGUAAACUGCAGUUUCCUUCAUACGGAUAUUUCACAGUUAAAAGUUUCAAAAAAUCAAAAUGAAGAAUGAGCAGUUUGGACCAAGAAUCAGCAGUUGGGGUUUUUUGUUUGUAGUUUCAGCACUCUAAAAUCCAGGGUGGUCUACACUUCACUUUCAGUUCACUUCAUCCAGAAAAAACACAGAAAUAAAGAUCGGACUUCAGCUGUCAACUAAAAAGGGGGAAAAUAUCUUUGAAGUCUUGUUCCGUACUUAAUGACUGAAUUGAAAGUGGACUGAGACUCGUCCUGCUCUUAUGAUUCUGUGUUGGGGAGGACAGUCUGCUCCCCCUGUCCUGCCAUGCAGGUCAGCCUUGUUAUGCAUACUAAACCUGAGGAAUGGUCUUCUCAUUCUUUUUGGAAAGGAGGAAUAUCAAACCGAGACCUCAUGGAGAUUAACCAUGAAUUAUUUAAUAAAGGUUCUCUAGUUUGAAAGA